UCUUCCCCACCCAUCACGAAUCGCUCCUCCACGUUCGUCAAGCUCGCGCAGUCCCUCCCCCGAAAUCCCCAGAACCCUAGCGGAGCUCGACCCGCGAUGGCGUCGGAGAGCGAGACGACGGCGCACUCCACCAUAACGACAACGACGCUCGACGACGGUGGCACGCACGAGAGCAAGCGGGAUCUCGGCAAUGGCGCGGCCACCACCCCCAGCGUCGGGCUGGGGGAGGAGGAGGAGAUGAUAGGCCCGGGCCCGGCGCCCGCGAAGCAACGCCAGAAGCGCCCGCUCCAGUUCGAGCAGGCCUUCCUCGACGCCCUCCCCUCCGCCGCCAUGUACGAGAAGAGCUAUAUGCACCGGGACGUCGUCACCCACGUCGCUGUCUCUCCUGCUGACUUCUUUAUCACUGGGAGCGCAGAUGGGCACCUCAAGUUUUGGAAGAAGAAACCUGCUGGGAUUGAAUUCGCUAAGCAUUUUCGGUCUCAUCUCAGUCCCAUCGAAGGCUUAGCUGUGAGCCUUGAUGGAUUGCUUUGCUGCACGAUAUCCAGCGAUAGGUCUGUGAAGAUAUACGAUGUUGUAAACUAUGACAUGAUGUUCAUGAUGCGUCUCCCAUUUGUUCCUGGGGCUGUUGAGUGGGUUCAUCGAGAGGGGGAUGUCAAACCAAAACUUGCCGUUAGUGACCGAAAUACGCCUUUUGUUCACAUAUAUGAUACCCAUUCUGGUUCAAACGACCCAAUCAUCUCCAAAGAGAUUCAUGGUUGCCCUGUCAAAGUAAUGAAAUAUAACCAUGUCCAUAAUGUUGUGAUAUCUGCUGAUGCCAAAGGACUUUUGGACUACUGGUCUCCAUCUACCCUCGAGUUCCCAGAACAAGAAGUGAGGUUUCGUGUGAAAUCAGAUACAAAUCUAUUUGAAAUUGCAAAAUGCAAGACAAGUGUUUCUGCCAUCGAGGUGAGCAACGAUGGCAGUCAAUUUGCUGUCACAUCCCCUGAUCGUAGGAUCCGGGUAUUUUGGUUCAAAACUGGAAAACUAAGACGUGUAUAUGAUGAGUCCCUAGAGGUGGCACAAGAUCUUCAAAGAAGUGAUGUCCCAUUGUAUCACCUUGACGCUAUUGAUUUUGGGCGACGAAUGGCUGUGGAGAAGGAAAUAGAGAAAACAGAAAAUGUUCCACAACCUAAUGCUGUCUUUGAUGAGAGCAGCAACUUUCUUAUUUAUGCUACCCUUUUGGGCAUAAAGAUUGUAAAUUUGCACACAAAUAAAGUUUCACGCAUCCUGGGUAAGGUAGAGAACAAUGAGAGGUUUCUGAAAAUUGCUCUAUACCAAGGUGACAAAGGCAACAAGAAGGUUAGAAAAAUUCCUUCAGUAGCAGCCAAUGUCAAUGAUACUAAGGAACCCUUAUCAGACCCCACGCUGUUAUGCUGCGCUUUCAAAAAGCAUCGGAUAUAUCUCUUUAGUCGUAGGGAACCUGAGGAGCCUGAAGAUGCAACUAAGGGUAGAGAUGUGUUCAAUGAAAAACCACCACCAGAAGAGCUUUUGGCUGUAUCAGAUUUAGGAAAAACUGCCACGACAUCAUUGCCCGAUAAUUUGGUGAUGCAUACUUCUAUGGGUGACAUUCACUUGAGACUAUAUCCAGAAGAGUGUCCAAAAACUGUGGAGAACUUCACUACCCAUUGCCGGAAUGGAUAUUAUGACAAUCUUAUAUUUCAUCGUGUAAUCAAAGGAUUCAUGAUUCAGACUGGGGAUCCUUUGGGGGACGGCACUGGCGGGCAAUCUAUCUGGGGCAGUGAAUUCGAAGAUGAAUUUCACAAAAGCUUGAGGCAUGACAGGCCUUUUACACUUUCCAUGGCCAAUGCGGGACCUAAUACCAAUGGUUCCCAAUUCUUUAUCACCACUGUGGCCACUCCAUGGCUAGAUAACAAGCACACAGUGUUUGGUAGAGUUGUGAAAGGGAUGGAUGUAGUCCAGCAAAUUGAGAAGGUGAAGACUGACAAGAAUGACAAACCAUAUCAAGAUGUAAAGAUCUUAAAUGUUACAGUUCCCAAGACAUAAGCUUCUGCCGGGUCAGUAGGGUUGGGACAUUGUGCCUGAACUACCUCCUUAGUUCCUUUGUUGGACUUUGGUGACCCGCUGAAGAGAAGGUGCUCGCGUUUUACAAGAACUUCUGUAUGCUUUGGUGAAAUGAGCACGGCUAAAGACUUGGUCUUAUUGGGAACUAUGAACCAUGCAGUUUUCAGGAUUGAUGAUAUCUCUGGUGUUGUCCGAGAACUUCAGUUAGCUUUGAGUCCUGAAUCAUGGGGCAGAGGGUUUAUACCUUUGUAACAUGGAAUUAAUCUUGCAGGGUGAAAUGGAAAAAAAAAACCGUGGAGCUAGCUGUUUAAUUUGUGGCAAUUGUAUGAUGUGUCCAGUGUAUGAUCAUGUACGUUUCAGAGUUGCUGGAACGUCUCUAUCGUUGUACUAUUACUAAAGAAAAUUUUGGUAUGAAAACUUUUAGUCAGCCCUGUUUGAGUA